AUGGCAUCUGAGCAAGCAAGGAGAGAGAAUACUACUAGUGAGAAAGAUUUUUCCGUGGAGAGAGAGAGAGUCCCAAAAAUAGCUAACCAUUUUGUGUCUUUGAUUGAGAAACCAAAAGAGUCAGUUGUCCUUGUUGGUGUCAUGGAAAACUUGGGUACUGAAGGUGGCAAUGAAGUGGGAGCGCAGUUCGAGUCUCUUGCUGAUAAAGUGAGAGCUGGGACAGUUGUUUCUAGUGAUAAAGAAAGGGAAAGAAGGGAAGAAGAUGAGAGAGGUGGUAGAAAAGAAAAGAAUGUUGAACAAAAUAAUGAGCAAGAACUUUCUCUAGAUGAAAUUACGAAGUUAAGAGGAACGGCACAACAGAAUUCAUUGGAGGCUUUAAAGGCAGCUGAAGAAAGACAUGAGAAAGAAAAAGAGAAGGCUAGCCAAGUUGUGGGCUGCAAAGAGAAGGCUCCUCAAGCAAAACACACUGGUGCAGAGAAGGCUAUGCAAGCCAAAGACACUGCUGCGGAGAAGGCUGCGCGAGCGAAGGAAACUUCUGGAGAUAUGGCUGGACAAGCAAAAGACAUUAUCUCAGACAAAGCUGCACAAGCCAAAGACAUUGCUGUGGAGAAGGCUACACAAGCCAAAGACAUUGUCGCAGAGAGAACUGCACGAGCCAAAGACGCUGCUGCGGAUAAGGCUGAACAAGCAAAAGAUACUGUUCUUGGAGGGGCUCAAAAAACUUCCCGUAAUCUAGCAGAAAAGGGCUCUCGAGCCAAAGAUACUGCAGCGGAGAAGACUUCACAAGCCAAAGAUACUAGUUGGGAAGGGGCUCAAAAAUCAUGUCAACAGAUUGAAGAGAAGGCGUCUCAAGCGAAGAGCACUGUCCUUGAAGGUGCUCAGAAAGUUGCAGAGAAGGGAGCACAGGCAAAGGACACUGCAGUUGAAGGGGGUAGAAAAACUACUCAGUUCAUAGCAGAGAAGGGAGUACAAGCAAAGGACACUGUUGUUGAAGAGACUCAAAAUACUACCCAUUAUCUUGCAGAGAAAGGAGCACAGGUAAAGGACACUCUAGUUGAAGGGGCUAAGAAAUUUACCCAGUAUGUAACAGAGAAGGGAGCACAAGCAAAAGACACCAUUUUUGAAGGGGCUAAGAAAACUUCAGAGUAUGUUGCAGAGAAGGAAGUCAGAGCUAAAGAUGUGACAGUGGAAAGUGGCAAAGAAGCUGUUAAUUAUGUAGAUAAAGUGGCUGUGGAUGUGAAAGACAAGGCCGCUGCAACUGGAUGGACUGCUGUUCAUUACACAACUGAGAAAGCAGUGGAGGGGAGAAAGGCAGCCGCAAGGUCAGUAGAGUAUGCUGGUCAAAAGACUGCAGAGCUUGCAGGCAAGCCAUUGGGUGCUGCUAAACAGACUGCUACGGAAAGUGGUGAGAAUAUGAAGGAGUAUACAGCUAGGAAAAAAGAGGAGGCCGAGAGAGAGCUUGAGGCCCGAAAAGCAGCUGAAGGAGAGGUACAAGAAUACAAAGAAGAACCACAAGUUCAUGCAACAAGAGGUCAAGGGCCAGAAGAAACGAGCAUCACUAAGAAAUUCAGCGAGCAAGUCUCCCCUGAAGGCGAUAAACAAGAACAACAGGAUUGGCAGCAGCAACAGCGACAAGAAGGAAGCAGCAUACAGGGCGCCGCCGUUGGCGAAACUAUAGUGGAGAUUGCUCAAGCAACCAAAGAUCUUGUUAUUGGGCAACACCAACCUGACGCGGGGAAGAAUGCUGGUGGAUACGAGACAAGCCACUACAAGAAAGGAAAGCAAGAAGAACAUUAA